AAUUUGCAUGUCAAAUUUGGCGAGGCAGCAGGGCAAGACUUUAAUUUUUUAGAGCGGGGCUGGCUAACACGCGGUUCUCCUCGGCUAAUAAGCAUGUGGCUCUCUGCCUCUUAUCAUAUUUUCUAUAUACCGUACUUUCGCGGCCAUGUACCGUACUUUCGCGCGCACUAAGAAGUCUUAAAUUUUCUCCAAAAUGAACCUAUGGUGCAGCCCUAAUGUGUUGUGUGACUUCGGUAAAGAGGACGUAGGAGAGGACACCAUGAGAAGCGGAAGAACAUGAGAAUCAAGCAGCUGCGAGAUAAUUCAAGAUAAAUAAAUCCAUGGUUCACAAGUGGAAGAAGCUGGAUAGCAAUAUCCGACAAGUCAAGUUGGACGCAGGUGAGUUUCCGCGGAAACAAGGCAAGGUUGACCGAGUUGGAAGAUUGACUCGAGCGCAGCAACUUCCAGUGGAUUACAAUGAAAAGCUUUCCAUCUUCCGCUCCUUUUACUGGGAUGCAGCGCCAGGUCAGUGCGUGGUGUGGCUCUUUGACUAUCACAGUUAAAAAUUUCAGCUUUGUGUCAAAGUUGUUCGCCACCCCUGUUUUUUUAAUUGCACAAGAAACGACAGAUGUAACAUGGAAAAUGUUAACCAACAACCCAAGACAAGGGAGAAAAGUUCAGCGGGUUUAUGUGCUGUAAGUUUUUCUCGUGAAAAUCACUGAAUUUGUUACCGUUUUUAUCCACAUUAUAGCCGCUGUUUUUUUCUAUAAAUACCUCUAAAAAAAUUAAAGUCCCGCCCUGCUACCUCGCCGGAUUUAUCAUGCAAUUUCCAGCCACUCAGAUCAACCAGAAAGGUAACUGUCCCCGAGUGACACACACCCCCUGAACACCGCCCCAAGUGACAACCCUUGAUGUCAGGGAUGCCAUGUGGACACAAACGCAGGACGCAUGAUCUAUAAAGAUAAAGUCCAAAUUUAAUUGGUAGACCUACUCGAAUGAAAAAAUUACUCGUAACGCUGAGAAACGCACCAACAAUCCGGCAACAAGUCCAAGGGAGACGCAGACUAUAAAAAUGAGGACGGAUUAACAAUUACAAACAGGUGCGCACAUCAGGGAGAACAGGUGAUGACACUGAGGGACAAUUACACUGGGGAGAAAUCAAGACACCUGAAAUGAGAGGACAUGUGAGAAACUGAAAGUAACAAAAUAAAAGCAGAACAAAAACCGCCCUGGCCCCAAUACCUCACAGUACCUCUCCCUCAAGGGGCAGAAUCAAGGAGGAUAGGACCCAGGACCUUUCCUCAGGCCCGUAUCCCUCCCAGUCCACUAGGUACUGAAGACCCAUCCCUUGCGCCUGACGUCCAACAGGCAAUGCACAUCGUAGACAGGCUGACCAUUAAUUAGAGGUGGAGGAGGUGGUGGAGGGGGAGACAAUUGCAGCAGACUUGUAUGGAAGUUUUUCUGUGCCAUCAGAUUCUGAAUAUUUUUAACCCUUGAAUUUUCUUUCUGAAUUUUUUUUACCUUUGAAUUUUCAUUCUGAAUUUUUAUAACUUUUGAAUUUUCAUUCUGAAUUUUUAUAACCCUUGAAUUUUCAUUCUAAAUAUUUUUUAACCCUAACAUUUGAUCUCCCAAAAAUUCAAUGUAAAAAAAUUCGACGUGGAAGACGCUGCUUCUUUUGUGCCACUAGCACAACUAGUCGAUCUAAGAACACAUCGAUAUCCAGCCAAUCAAGUCAUGAGAACGACAUGACGUCAGCGUUCGGUACGUUUUACAGAAGUCCAAAAGAUGGCAGCAAACUCGGCAGGCGGUUCAUCGAGUGAUAACAGUGAAAUUGUGCAGUCAAUCCAACGCUUACUGCACCUGGUAACAUCAUCUGGGAGACACCAGAGCACUAACUCUGGUGUUACUACUCACACUGAAGGGGAGCAGAGGCAAGGCAGCCACACUAACAACACUGGACCAGAAAGACCAUCUGUUCAGAUGGAAAUGACACGGUCCUUUCCAGGUAUCUUUGCCCGUGGAAGAGGAAAGCGGCGCUUUCCUGCAGCAAGUUAUAUCCCUGCAAAGAAAAUUAAACCAUUGGAAGUGGUCUUUCACUUGUUGCCUAAACAAUAUGAGAGAAGUCCAUCUGAAGAAGAGCAGAUAGUCCACCUGCAGGCAGGGUUGGGUCGCAGGACUGCUCAACUAUAUGAAAGCACAACACAUGAUGAGCUGUGUGAAGCCCUCAAUGUUUUGUUUCCAAAACUGGCAGCAGUUACUGGUGGUUGGUUGGUGUACAAGUGUCGAGGCGGAUGGGGGAGCCGAAAACUCUCUUUAGUGGCACCUGAUAGCACCGGAUACACAGGCAAGAUCUUAAAAUUGGCAAAUAAGAAUGGCAAUGCAACGUUAUUCAUAGCGCCAAUACAAGAAGAGCUCAGCACCGACCCUCUUCACCCAACUGAUAAGGCAUUCAGCAGCAUGCCCAAAGCCACAUGUCAGAAGUGUACAGAAGCAGUUCCCCUUCAACUUCUCACAGUACACAUCCAGUCUUGUGCUGGUGUGGAUGCCAAUGGACCAGUGGUGAACAAAUCAUUGCAGCAAUGUCCUCUAUGCACGGAAAUGUUUUCCACUGACUUCAUCGAGGAGCAUGCUUCUUCAUGUGGAGAAAGUGCAGGAAAUGAAAGAAUACUUGAAGGUACUGUCAGUGAGGAGGAGCAAACUGCAGUUCCAGGACCAUCUGGAACUUCAACUGUCAGUGAUGGUUGGCUAACCAUCAGUGACCCCAUAAAAGCCAUGUCUGCAUGUGCAAGUUUUUAUCGCCGUAUUCAUGAAAGGGAAAGUCCAUUGGUUUUGAGCAUGGACCUGAGACAGACCCCAGCUCAACAGGAUUUGGCCCUUGUUUUAUUUUACAAGCGGCCUAAUGUAGAGUGGGCACGUCCCCUGAAUUGCAGACUGGAAGGGGAUACUGCUGUUGGACAGGGAGUCACUCGUUACUUUAUCUCCACAUGUAUGGAGAAACUGAAAUCUGGAUUUUGCAUCAAUUUUGCAAAUUCCAAUGUUACAUGCCUUUUUGAAGGACCACCUGGCCAUUUAGUUCCCUCAGCCUCUCACUUUCUCGUGGAGAGUAACAUGUUCCUGGUGGCAGGGAGAAUGAUUGGCCACUCCUUCAUACAUGAAGGACCCUGCUUGUCUGGGCUCAGCCCCGCUGUUGUCCAUGUCCUACUUGGUGGGAGCCCUGAAACGGCAACCGUUACACUGGAGGACUGCGCAGACCUGGACAUCAGAGAGAAAAUCGAGCUUCUUGAAGGGGACAAUGCACUUUCUGAUGCUGAAAGAGCAAGGGUUCAGGAAUUGGCCUAUGCGUGGGACCUUCCUUGCUUGACAGAGAGCAAUAAAAAAUGGCUUUUUGAGAAGCUGUUGAUCCAUGCUGUCAUUGGACGUGUCACAAGGCAAAUUAAACAGCUGAGACGAGGGCUUAAAGAGACUCCAGUGUGGACAGUGCUUACCAAGCGACCUGAAACUGCAGCCUUGAUUUUUCCAAGUGAAAGAACAGGCGACAUUUGUCCUGAGAUAUUUCUUCAACGCAUCAGUUGGCCAAAGGAGGAGGAAGAUGAAGAUGAUGGUCUGCUGAAACCAAAAGCCGCAUCAAGGGGUAUCUUCAGGAGUUCAUUAAAAAUGGAACGGCAGUUGAAUUGAUGAAUUUAGCCAAAUUUUGGACUGGAUGGGAGAUUUUACCGAAGAGCCUGUCUGUGGAGAUUGUCAGAAGCAGCUAUCCCACAGCCUCCACAUGCUAUGAGACCUUAAAAAUUCCAGGUCAUUACAGAGACUACAGAUCUUUCAGAUGUGAUCUCCUUGCCUGUAUUGAGACUUGUCAUACAGGAUUUGGGCUCCUGUAAAUUCUUGGGUUUGUUUUAUGUUCUUAAAAAAAGGUUUUGUUAAGAUCAGGAAGUUUGUUGUGGCAUUGAAUGUCACGUGUUUUACUGUUUUUGUUAAAAAAAAAAGAUUGAGAUUUUGCUCUCAAAUAAACCACUGAUGAAACUGA